ACUUUCUGUCUGAGUCAGUGAGUCGGUCAGCAGCUCCUCUUGAUCUCUGCUACAAUUUACCUUCAUCACUAACUAUUAUCCAUCAUGAGGGAGAUCGUGCACAUCCAGGCCGGCCAAUGUGGGAACCAGAUUGGUGCAAAGUUCUGGGAGGUGAUCAGUGACGAGCACGGCAUCGACCCAACAGGAACCUACCACGGAGACAGCGACUUGCAGCUGGACAGGAUCAGCGUGUAUUACAACGAGGCCACUGGUGGGAAAUAUGUGCCCAGAGCCAUUCUUGUUGACCUGGAACCAGGCACCAUGGACUCAGUCCGUUCUGGACCCUUUGGACAAAUCUUCAGACCUGACAACUUUGUGUUCGGUCAAAGUGGAGCUGGAAACAACUGGGCCAAAGGUCAUUACACGGAGGGGGCAGAGCUGGUGGAUUCAGUCCUGGAUGUGGUGAGAAAAGAGGCAGAGAGCUGUGAGUGUCUGCAGGGUUUCCAGCUCACUCACUCUCUGGGAGGAGGCACCGGCUCCGGCAUGGGCACCCUGCUCAUCAGCAAGAUCAGGGAGGAGUACCCUGACCGCAUCAUGAAUACCUUCAGUGUGGUGCCCUCUCCUAAGGUAUCGGACACGGUGGUUGAGCCGUACAAUGCCACGCUGUCGGUCCACCAGCUGGUAGAAAACACAGAUGAGACCUACUGCAUUGACAACGAAGCCCUUUAUGAUAUUUGCUUCCGCACUCUCAAACUCACUACCCCCACCUACGGCGACCUCAACCACCUCGUCUCGGCCACCAUGAGCGGCGUGACCACCUGCCUGCGUUUCCCCGGCCAGCUAAACGCUGAUCUGAGGAAACUGGCCGUCAACAUGGUGCCCUUCCCCCGUCUCCACUUCUUCAUGCCUGGCUUUGCCCCUCUGACCAGCAGGGGGAGCCAGCAGUACCGAGCCCUGACGGUGCCCGAGCUCACCCAGCAGGUGUUUGACGCCAAAAACAUGAUGGCGGCUUGCGACCCUCGCCACGGACGCUACCUGACGGUGGCUGCCGUGUUCCGUGGCCGCAUGUCCAUGAAGGAGGUGGAUGAGCAGAUGCUGAAUGUCCAAAACAAGAACAGCAGCUACUUUGUGGAGUGGAUCCCCAACAACGUCAAGACAGCCGUCUGCGACAUCCCGCCACGUGGCCUCAAGAUGGCCGUCACCUUCAUCGGCAACAGCACGGCCAUCCAGGAGCUGUUCAAACGCAUCUCUGAGCAGUUCACCGCCAUGUUCCGCCGCAAGGCCUUCCUCCACUGGUACACCGGCGAGGGCAUGGACGAGAUGGAGUUCACCGAGGCCGAGAGCAACAUGAACGACCUGGUCUCCGAGUACCAGCAGUACCAGGACGCCACCGCUGAGGAGGAGGGAGAGUUUGAGGAAGAAGUGGAAGAAGAUGCCUAAAAAAAGUAUUAAGAAGUGAUGUAACAAGAGCUGAAGAAGGAGAGAGAAAGUUAACAACCAGAUAGAAAAAAAAACAGAAAAUAUAGUAAUUUUGGUAAGAAAUUAAGGAAGAUGUGGAAAAGAAGCAUUGGGAGGUUGGAAUUGGUUAAUGGAGGGAUGGAAACAAUGUGAAGAAAUAAAUUGAAAAAUGAAUGUAGGAAAAGGAAAAGAUGCUGAAUGACAAACAGGAUCAAAAUAACUUGACCAAAUCAAUGUGCGACGGUUUACAGUUCAUUGUGACGCUAUGUUUGGCCUCCCAAAAUGUUUUUUUUUACUCUUAAGGUCAUUAUCUUGCAGCAAAUGCACAAAUCAAAACACUUCUUACACCUAACUACUACGAGGAAAAACUCAAAGAUGAUGGUGGCUUUAUAUAUGUAGUUAAUUCCACCUUUUAAAUUGUUAAAUUACAAUACAUUCAUGCAAACAAGCUUGUAAAUUUGCCCAAUUACUUCUUGCAUGAGAAACAGUGUUUUGCAGUCAUUGGAAAAAUGAAAUCAAUGUGCUCCUUCUCUGGUUUGCGGUGCAGAGUCAGCAGUUAUAAUAGUCCAAUUUAUCAUUUAAAGAAGAGUGAAGUAGAAAUGAUGUCAGUGUUAUGAUCACUUAAACUGAGGCUCAGAUUGUUUUUGGGAAACAAAAUCUGUGAGAAAUGUGAAAUCAUGCCAUUAUCAGUGUUUAUUGUUCUUAUGAGUUUUCAUUACUCUUGUCAUCAGCUUUAAAGAUCCACUCUCAGAGAUAAAUGUGAACUUUGGUCGUAGGUGGGACUGUCAGUAUUAUUAUUGCACUCUCAGCGAAUUGAUACAUUUUUCUUGCCUUUUGUCACUUUUCUUUUUAGGACUGUGGGUGAGAUAAGAUAAAACAUUCUGGUGGCAUUCAGUCUUCUGCUGGCAGAGCAAUUCAUAUUCCAGAGAUCAUCAUCUAAGUAAAAUACCUCUCUCUAUUCCAGUUAAACACAAAAGUUCUUUCUUUCACACAGUAACUUUUAUAGAGAAGAAGAACAAUAAAUGACCCACUCAGCUCACUCACUUAGAACUUCAAGAUUCAAAUUCUGGAACAACACAAUAUAUUUUUGUGGCAGAGUGUGCAACCAAUAUAACCUAUUGCACAACAUUAAUUUGCGUUGUGAAACAGAUGAAAGUUGUGCUUCGUCCUGACUUUACACAUUUUCACAGUUUUAAUGCUACAGCGGCAGCAGCAGGAUUAUUCUCAGACGCCAGCCAACGUCAUGAGGAGGAUCACACCCUGCAGAUGUCCUGAGCCCAGGUCAGGUCAUGCAAAAGUGUUUCACUUAGCUUGAUCUGUUUUCUAUUUCCUUCAUUGCACAAUAUGUUGUAUUUAAAUAGGCCUGAGGUCACCUUGACAAGAAGCAUCUUUGCUGUUGUUGGAUUAGAAUCAUGUAUCAGUCAAGUAUGUAAAGACAGAAAAGAUAAAAUAAGUACUUUGUCUGUGACCUUCAGGGUUUUUUUUUUAAACUAUACAUUUUUUAGACUUCACAGGCCCAGUGGUCAGGAUAAGAAAGACUGAAAAAGACGGUAUCAGCAUAAUAUAUCUCAAGCUUUAACUGUUGCUCACCCUCUGGGACUCGGGUAUAAUUGACGUCAUACAGAGUAAUUUUACCAUUUUUAAUAAUAAAGACUUCUUGAACCACUUUUCAAAAAUAAAAUGCCCAAGUUUUAUAUUACAGGCCUAUGAAGACAUGCAUAAUUUAACACUCUGAGCCAUUACAGUAGAAGAACAAUAGUCAUCAGUGUUUAGUAUGUGAUUCUCAACUAUUUUGUCUUCAUGUCUGUGUGAGCUUUGUUGUUAGUACAUUUUUUAAAUUUCUGUGGAAACAGUUUGACGUGGGAUCCCUGUGACUGUGAAUCAUUUUUGGGAAAUAAAAAGGCAUUGGUAGGAGAUGAU